UUUUACUUAAAAUGUUAAUUGAUGCUGCAAAUCUUGUCAGUUCAUGUAUUCAGGUCGAUUGCCGAGUUUAAUAUCAGACAAAAAGAUUCAUAUGACAUUGCUAGUCAUGUGUUUUUUAAAUUUUCGUUCCGUGGUUUUGUUGAUAAUAAUAAAGAUGUAUAUACCACCUGCUUGUGGUUUGUAAAUCCCAUCAAAGGUACAAUUGUAGCAUAAAGAAGAGAAAAACAAGAUGUCGAAUGCUACUGCUGAAGAGGCAAUACAGGAGACCAGUAUUAAUUCAUUUGUCUCUGCUUUUGUUGUGAAUUUGCUAGCUGGACUUGCUGGAUUUACCGCAUUCUCUCUGAUACGUUGUCGUUUUAAACAUGUCUACCUGUCUAACUUCAUUGUUCAUACGACAAGACUCUUUUCAGAGUUAUCUGAAACACAAGUGCAAAUUUGGAAUCGAUUAAAACCUUCUACUUCCAUUUAUUCAUGGCUUUCUCCCUGUUUCAAAACAACUGAUGAGGAGAUUUUUGACCUCGUUGGCUUUGACAUAUUUGUUUAUCUCAGAUUUAUUCGUUUAUGUUUAAAAUUCUUUGCCAUUAUAUUGCCUUACGGUUUACUGGUCCUUCUUCCCCUAAAUAUCAACGGUACUGCUGACCUAAAAGGAAUGUCAAGCCUUACCAUGGGAAAUAUAGAACUGAAAUCUAAUAUGUACUGGGCUCAUUUUGUUGGUGUGUGGAUUUACUCUGUGAUUAUUUAUUUUCUGCUUUAUCGAGAAUGGAAAACAUUCACUCACUACCGUCAGAUAUACUUGAGGAAAGGCUACGAAGAACAAUAUAGUAUUCUGGUAACCGAUUUACCAGCAUAUCUCCGAAAUAACCAGAACCUUGACGAAUUUUUAAAGAAUGUUUUCCCAGGGAAAGUGAUUUCAGUUCACGUGUUUAAAGCUGUGCCAAGGUGGAGUGAACUAAUUGAUGCUCAUGAUGAUAUGAUCUGGAAAUAUGAGCAUGCUGAGGCUUUGCACCAGCACAGCAAUCAACGGCCAAGCCACAAAAAGUUUAUUUUAUUUGGCACGAAAUACGAUUCUAUUACAUUUUACGAGAGCAGAUUAAAGCAUCUACAUGAUAAAAUGACAUGUGAGCAAAACUUGUCUCACGCUUCACUACCAACGGCCGCAGUAACGUUCAAAUCUCUUCAAGACGCUGCUAUUGGUUUACAAACGUGUUGGAAUAAUUCUCCAGUGACGUCUUAUGUAACUCAGGCUCCAGCCCCGUCCGAUGUUAUCUGGGAAAAUAUUGGCUUAGUCAAAUACUACAGAACAAUCCGUUACGUCAUUGUUGCCAUCUGUCUGUUCUUUCUUGUAUUCUUCUGGAGUGUCCCUGUCUUGAUUGUCUCAUCAAUGGUUUCAUUGGAUGCAUUGCAAAAGAAGUUUUCGUUUCUUGAAGGAGUGAACCGUCUUCCAUAUAUUGUGAAAGGAUUUAUUGAAGGAUUCUUAGCAACAAUCGUUUUGGAAAUUUUCUUUGCAAUUCUUCCCGAUCUGAUGGCGUAUCUCGCUCGUGUUGAAGGAAUUGUAUCACGAAGUGGUGUUGCUGUGUCCUGCAUUGGAAAGCUUUUCAUAUUUCAAAUUGUAAAUAAAUUUCUUGGCAUUCUGUUCGGGGGUGCAUUACUGUCAAGACUACAUGAUAUUAUUGAUUAUCCAACACGAAUUCCUCAAAUCCUCGCGGAGUCGAUGCCAAGUAUGGCGAACUUUUUUGUCAAAGUUAUAAUGCUUCGAACGUUUACGGGUUAUCCAAUGGAAAUGCUUAGUUUGUUUCGUGUAUUAUUGGUGUCAAUUAAACGGAAAUGGUUUUGCAAGACUGCUCGUGAGAACAACGAAGCUUGGCAACCUCCUCCUGUGAGAUAUCCAGGAAUGUAUGCAAACAAUCUUUUUGUGUUCAUCAUUGGAAUAUCGUAUUCUGUAUUAUCUCCAGUGGUUUUGGUUUUUGUUGUCAUAUAUUUUGGUCUGGCCUAUGUCGUCCGUUUUUACUGUCUCAUUUACGUUCGCAAAACUUCAUUCAAAGCUGGAGGUAAAAUGUGGCCAAAGGUAUUUAACAGAAUGAUGAUUGGUAUAUUCGUAUUUCAAUUGCUUAUGGUUGGCGUAUUUGGAUUAAAAGAAAACCAUCUCGUAUCUUUGCUCUGCCUCCCUCUUCCUGUCUUAUCAUUUAUGUUUUACAAAUUUAUACGUAAUAACUUCGAUCGUUCCACCGUCCACCUCAAUCUUUCUCUGGCAAAAGAAAUAAAGACACCCGAGAAGGAAUUUCUGAAGAUCGCUUCAGAAAAGUACAACAGGAUUCAGCUGCCAGAGAUGUUCGCACUGAGCACGGACAAGAAACAGCAAACGAACAAAGAUGAACCAUCGGAAGACGCUUUUAAAACGCCCAGAACAAGUCUGGAGGCAAUUGAAUUACAAGCAAUUCAUGACAGAAAUCAACAGGGGCAACAAGUGUGA